AAUAAACGACACCCGUCCGUCCUCCAAUAUGUCUGCAUCGUCAUCAAAUCCAGAAACCUUUCCUGUUGCAGCUGUAGCAGGUGGUAUCGGCGGCAUCGUGCUGAUUGCUGUGGUGGUCGUUGCCGUUGUCGUUUUAGUUAAAAGAAAGAGACGCAAGAAAAACCAAGAAUCAAACGACGAUGGAGACUACAUCAACGUGGACGCGGAUGCUUACAGAAACCAGAACACCAAAUCAUCUGGCAGACAUCCAGGAGUUUUAACAGAUCAAAACCAGACUGGCAACCAGACGAUUCGCUCACCAUCAGACGACUAUGCAUCUAUUGAUGACGAAGCUGGCGGCACUACUCGGAAACCGCAGGUCGCCCUAAAACCAAACCUGCCUAACACAAGCAGGCAUGUUAACCUUCAACCAGAACCUGACCAAGAUGACGUGUCAAACAUGCACGCCAAGGUUACCAAGAAGAAGAAGCCAAUCAAAUCCGCGAAGGGACAUGAUUUACCUGUUAAGUUUGACAAUGAGCUGUAUUCUAUGGUUAAUAAAACAAAAAAGACGAAACCAUCUUUGAAGUCUAAACCUUCUGGUGAUGUGUACGCCGUGGUAAACAAACAGAAGAAAUCCGGAGGGAAGAGUUCGGAAUCCAAAGGUCAAGAUCCUGAGUCUGAGGUAACCGGUGAUGUCUACACUGAAGUUCGGAAACCGAACAAGUCUGGCAAUAAUCCGAACAUCCCUAAGGUUUCACCAGGACUCAUUUAUACUGAGGUGGAAUUUGCUGAAAACACAGACGAAGCACAGGGAGCCACAAGAGGGGAUGAGAAGACAGACUCAGUUGCAACAGUGGAGGAUCGUGUUCUGUAUUCUAAAGUUUGUUGA